CUUGUCUAGAAAGACGUUUACUUAAAUUGUGCUUGAGACAGUGAUUUGUCGACAGACUGGUAUUUAAAAUGGCAAACUCAGCUUGGUCAGAAAAAAUACUAGAACUCCUGCGCCGAAUGAAUAACUUUUAUCUACCAGGCUCCUGUCGUGCCAGCUGCUUUAGGUUUGAGAUAGACCAGGCGCAAGUAGGCUGGAUUCCCACCCAUGUAGCUCCUCUGUUGACUCGGUAUCCAGAGGUGUUCAGUCCGCCGCACGAUGGCGCUGUGUCGCUGUGUAGCCGUCUGAACUCGCACGAGAGGAGAUCUGAGGCUGUGGAUGCUGUCCUGCAGGCCAUGAGACAAGAGGGCUCCCUGAGCUGUCUUAAAGGAUGGAGAGAUGAGAAAUACAGCGUGAUGCCAAAAUUCUCUGACCCUCCUUUGAUGUCCAUGGAAAGAGCUGCUACAAGUCUUUUUGGGGUGAAGAGGUAUGGAGUCCAUGUCAACGGUUACACUGUCAGCAACAGCGGGGAAGUCAGCAUGUGGCUGGCCCGACGCUCCCCAACUAAGCAGACAUACCCGGGACUACUGGACAACGUGGCAGCAGGCGGUCUGGCUGCUGGCAUUGGCGUCAAAGAGACUCUGGUCAAAGAAUGUCAGGAGGAAGCCUGUAUCCCAGCAGCCAUUGCUGAGAAGGCUCAUCCUGUCACCACAGUAAGCUACACCUACAAUGAUGAAGAGGGGGUGUUUCCAGAAAGUCAGUUUGUGUUUGAUGUGGAACUCCCUCUGGAUUUCAAGCCCAGAGUCGGGGAUGGAGAGGUGCAAGAUUUCUACCUCCUGCCCAUAGAUAAGGUGAAGGAGCUGCUGGCCACUGAUGACUUCAAACCCAACUGUGCCAUGGUGGUGCUGGACUUCCUCAUUAGACACUCAUUCAUUGAGCCAGACACAGAACCAUGCUAUCAGGAAUUUGUGGCAGGACUCCAUCAGACCUUAGAGUGAAGCUGAGGACCGUGUCCACUGGCAGAGGCAAAUGUUAGCCUCCCAGACGCCAACCAAGUGUCGUGUGCUCAGUUCUUGCUUUGAGAGAAUCAGCUGAGCCUGGCCAGCAGAGGCUGAAACAGUCUGUGAGCUGAGGGGAGUGGCUCACAUGACGACAGGUGAACUGAGUGUGGACUUUUAACAAGGCGAUGGACAAAGAUAGACCUCAGACUGUUCGUUUGUUCUUAUCUUAGGAAGCCUGCAGCUCAAAAGAAGAAGGCUGUCUGGAGCAGCCGCCCAAAUCAGUCAGUUUACAGUCCAGGUGAAACUUGUGCUCGGGUUUUGGCCACAUCACCCCUCUCAUCCAGCCCCCACAUUGUCUUGCUUGUUUUAUUUUGUCUCAAAUCACUUUCAGCUGCCAGCUGUCUUUCAGUGUAAGGCCCAGCUUCACCCUCCCCAUAUUGUUCCCAAAAUAAUUAGCUUUUAUGCUUUUGUCAUAAUUUAUUAUUUCGGGAUGACUAAAUCUUAUAUUUUCCUAUCCCGUUAAUCUUGUCAAGCAUCAUUUA